UUGCAUCGGGCUUACACACGCGCCACACACAAAACGACGACGAGGAGGUAAGAGAGGGAAUCCGCUGCUGCUGCUGCGAACCGAGAGAGAGAGAGAGAGAGAGCUUCUUGGUGACCACUACCCCGAGAUACAACGGGCAGAAUCAAACGAACUUUUACCGCGAUCGCAUCAACUCUCGCACACGGGCUCAAUUCAUUUGACGAAUCGCAAUCAAGUGUAAACGAGUGCUCGAUUAUCGAAUUAUACCUUUGUUUUUAAGUGAUCAGAAGAGAAUAAUCAAAAAGUAAUCAUGGUUUACGAGAGCGACUUCUACACGACCAGACGGCCAUACUCGUCAUCGUCGUCCCGGCCGUACGUUUCGUCUUACAGCGUCACGCCGAUACGUGGCCCGUACUACUUAAUGAUUCCCUACAGCCCCUUCCUGAGGUCGGCACCUCACAUGCCGUAUGUGGCACACAAGAGGCUCGUCAGCAUUGUACACUCGCCGGUGCGCAUUUAUCACGCCGGCUCGUAUCUGCCCAUUAAGUUACAUGCGCGAGUCAGACCUAGCAUCAUCGCGGCAGAGCUCAACAGGAUACGCUACCUCCAAAGGCCCUCCACCAAAUCCUACACCGAGGACUACCUUAAUUCAAGGAACUAUAUCGAUUUUGACGAUGAGACGAGAGACAUUCGAGCAAGGACAGACAACCUUCUUCGCAAAAUUCACGUUUUUGUUCCCAGACCCUCGGUUAGCGAUUACGAAGAGACGACAAUACCCGAGCGUCUGCGUAGCGACGACUACGUGCGCCGCAUCAUAAACUCAAAAAAUACCCGCAAGGACAUCGCGGACCUGCCCUGGUACAGCACGCCGGAAAAACGUGACAUUGGCAGCGGACAUUUGGCCUGUAUCAAAUAUGCCGGCGGCAGACCGCAACCUCGUCGCAGGCCGUAUUACACCGUGGGCGAUCUCGUGCCCGGCGAUGUCAAGUCCGACGUGAAUCUCAUGAGCUUCUAUUCAAAAAAUCGAAAAGCCGCCGAGGAUGCAUCUCCAUCGAUACCCGUCGAACGACAUGUUGAAAUUGUUAGCGAGGACCGUCCUGCUUCCGCCGCGUCGGUUACUUGGGCAGACGAGGUCGAUCAUCAUCGUAGAGAAGAACCAGCCACGAAAGAAGCGGAGAUUCGAGUCGAGAAGACGAGCGAGCUUCAAGCGGAAAUCGAAGUCGAGCCAGACGUUAAAAAAGCCAAGCCAACAGUGCAGGACAAUGAAGAGACGCAAGAGGCUCAAGAGUACGAUGAGAAUGGUAUGAGAAAAGAACCAGACGAGGAUACGAUCAAAAAGGUGCAAGAAUACCUGGACAAAAAGGCUGCUGAGAAAAAAAUGGAAGAAGAAAGACGAGCCUGGGAACUAGCCGAGCGUCGAAGAAUCGCCGAGGAGAAAGAAGUUGCGAGAUUGGCUGCUAUAAAGCUCGAGGAGGACCAGAGAAUCGCUGAAAUUAAGGAACAGGAGAGGCUCGAGGCGGAGAGGCAAGAUGUCAUUGCCAAGGCUGAAGCUGCUCGACACGAAGCCGAACGUAUGGUCGAAGAUGAAAAAGAGAAGCUUGAGACCCAGUCGUUCCACGUUAUACUGCGUCAAGCGCUUGUUAACGAGAGAAAUAAAAAUUUGGAGCAAAAAGCCUUGAUGCUCGAAGAAAACGAAAAAUUGUACAACGAAGCAGUGUUGCAAGCGAUCGCCGACGAGCAAGAACGCCAAGCCAAGGAGCGAGAGGAGGAGAAAAAGAAGCAGGAGGAGGACGAGGACAAAACGGCAAAUUUGGUCCUGUCGUCCUCGUCCGGGGUCGUCAAUGCCGACGUCGUGAGCGACGAUGUGCAGGAGGUCGAGCGAUCCGUCAUCGAGAACGUCGAUCAAGACGUCGAGGACCAGCCCUACGAGGUCGAUCAAGACGAAGAAACUCAGAUCGAAGAGAAUGUGCCCCAAGAAGAAGAAGAAGAACAGAAGCAAGAGCAAGUCGAAGAAAUCGAAAUCGACGCUGGUGCAGCGACAGCUGAACCGGAAUCGGAACAAGCUUCGGAACCACAAGCCGCGGAAUUAGUCAGCGACGUCGCCGACGCACCCAAAGUCCACGAGAGCCACGACUCGGCCGGAGGCGCUCAAGGUUUCGACUGGUCCCAGUACGACAGCGAGCCCGAAGAGGCCAUAGCCGAAGCUCCGGCCCACGAGGAAAUCACCACCGACGGCGAGGUCGAGUCUCAACAGUUCGACGAGGCGGACAACGCGAGCGCCAAGGACGACGGAGAGGAGGCCGAUCUGGCGCAUUCGGACGUCAACGAGGAAGCGCCCGAAGUCACGGAAGCCAAAGCCGAUGCGGAACAGCACGAGGAGGAGAGGAGCGAGGACGAGGACGACGACGACGAUCACACCGUGACGAUAUGCGAGAUCGUGGACGACGAGGAGACCGACGCGCCCUUAGUGCAAGAGAUCCAAGACGAGGAGGAGCAGGUCGAAUCGGAGCACGAGCAAGCGUCCGAAGACGAGGAAGCCAAGUCGGUGCACGAGACGACGGAUGAGGAGUAACAACCAGACACGACCGUUAAAAUCUCGAUUAAUAUAAAUCUCAUCUCGUUAUAAGAUUAAUCUCGUUAAUAGUAAAUAUUGUUUUUUGUAUUUAUUAUGUAAUUAUAUACCGCUGUACACAUGAAAUUUUUGCAACAAAUCGUUUACGUGCUUUGGAAAGUUUAUAUAUUUAUAUAGCAUGUAACUCAUGAUCUUGUAAUCUUGUAAUUGUAUUUAUUUAGAAAGCUUUAUUCACCCCCGUUGUAUAUUCUCAACACAUCAUCUCCGUUGUAAUAACGAUUACAAUAUGUACGAUUUUUACUCAUCCACUAUCUCAUAUAUCUUUUAUUUGUACGCACUCCCAAGCUUGCCGUGCACUCGGUUCAUCAAACGAUAGCGCCAACUUUUUCUAGCGAUUACUGUACAUUAUAAUGAUAUACAAUUUUAAAUAUUAUACAAGUGGACCAAAAACUUUUGGCCUAAAUACGAAUUGCCUUUGCUGAAGGAAAUCUAUUUUAUGGAUUAUACACUGAAUGUUAUGCAGUAACAACGAAAAUUAUAUAUCUUUAGAGAAAUUUUUCUAGUAUUUAUCAUUCACAUUGAAUAAUUGUGGUAUUAUAUUAUCUGUUUGGAGAAAUGAAAUAUUUUGUUAACAUUAAGAUAUAAUAUUUUCUUUUACCUUUAGGACAAUAAACUGAAUGAUAUUAUAGAA